AUGAAACGAGGAAAGCCACAGCAACAAUUCUAUAGACCAGGAAGUGGACCAUUGAAGAAAUCAAAUACAUUAGAAGAAUCAGAGUCAGACACCAAUAUUUCUAUAACCUCUAGAAAUAAUCAGGGUAAAAAAGACCCUCUGAAUAAUUCUAGAUACAAAAGUGAAGGUAAUUCUCCUAGAGAGAGGUCAUCAGAUGCAAUAGACCAGGUAGCCUCUCAUUUAGAAAUAAUGUUGAAUAGUGAGGAUGCAAAACGUCCCAAGAAACCAGAAAAAAAUAUAUAUGUGCCAAGGGCAGUUGCUCAAGCUAGAGAAGUUGGUUCUACCCAAGAUUCCAAGAGUGAUUCAUUUCAUAAUGCCAAUGGUAAUCAAUCAACUGACAAAAGUAAUCCAAAUCCUGCUAAUGUUAGUGACCAACAUAGAAAUUAUUCUAAUAGAAGAAAUGAAAUGGGUAUAGAUGAUGGAAGGCCUGAAUGGAGAGAUCAGUCUCUUCCUAGAAAUAGGCGUAAACAAGGAUUAGAACAAAGAGGCAUCAAUAACGGCCGAGAACCGCACUGGCAACGGUCGCGCGACACGCGCAGCGUCGAACCCGGAGCUGCCACCGGCUCCGGCCGGAACUACAACGAGAAGAUCCAGGCGAAGCCUCCCAGCGGCCGCAGGCACAGCACCGUCGGCAUCGAGCAGGAGAAACGCUCAGUGUUCAAACCCGGCAUCAACAUCGAAAAUUUGCCGCCGAGGCUGCAAAAGAAAUACCUGGCAGAGAACAACAUCCAGCCCGUCCAGCAACACGAAGACGAUUGGGACGGCUCGAGCGUCACCUUCCAGUCGCAUCCGGCACCCAGGAACGCCAGCUUCCAUCCGGUGACGAACAAUUACGCCUAUCAGAAUCAACAGUACACCAAUGUGGGUAAUAUGGGCUACCACACGUUGCCGAAUAAACCAAGAGGUCGCGGCAGGUUCAACAACGAGUACGAGUCGAUGCCGGGCCACGUCUACGGCUACAUAACGCCCGAUGCCGGUCCGAGUCCUGCCGCCUCCAGACCGACCUCGCCACCGCGACGGCCCGACAGCCGCCCCCAAACUCCCCUUCACCAUCAACAAACUCCCCUCAACCAACAACCAACUCCCCUCCACCAACCACAGACUCUCGUCGACCGGCCACAGGACACCCGGGGGCCGAAAGGCUACGGCGGACAACAGGACAGCCAAUCGCAAUCUUCCCUCAACACACAACAAACUCUUGUCGAUCGGCCACAGGACGCCAGGGGGUCGAGAGGCUGCGGCGGACAACAGGACGACCGAUCGCAAACUCCCCUCCACCAACAACAUAUGCCCGUUGACCGGCCACAGGACGCCAGGGGGCAGAAGGGCUACGGCGGACAACAGGACGGCCGGUCGCAAACUUUCCUCAACCCACAACAAACACUUGUUGACCGGCCACAGGACACCAGGGGGCCGAGAGGCUAUGGCAAACAAGCGGACGGCCGGUCGCAAACUGUCCUUCAGCAACAACAGACGUCCGUUGACCGGCCCCAGGAUGUCAGAGGGUCGAGGAACGACGAAAUG